AUGCCGCCCGUCGAACGCGAUGCGAUAUCAACUCGAUUACUUUCAAUGGAACUUCUUGUUCGAAUUCACACACAUCCGUUCGACUUAUCAGUCUGCCUCUACCCCUUGGUCUUCCAAGUCUGCAGUCAACUAAUAUUCGCCUCGAUACUGGUUCACAUGCGAGGUAAAUACCCAUUCCGCAUUUCGUCGACCGAAAAAGGUGCCUUGGCCCGUCCGGGGAUUUAUACCAUCGUGGAAGACGUUGUCGCGGUCGACGGUGGUGAGGAGCUGAAGUUUCGACAGAUUUUAGACGCUCGCUAUUGUUCAAAUAGGCCGAUCCAAAUCUUACUGCAACGUCUUGGCUGGGCCUGGGGGUUCUCCGGACUAGCGGUGGCUAUUGCACUCUUAGUCCUGAUCGGUAUGGUGCCUAACAUGGAAGCGUCGUUCGUCAUUGGCUGGAUCAUACCAUGGGCGUGGGCAGCAGUCCUUUCCUUGCUCACACGCUCAAUGACCAAGGCAGCUCUCGCAUGUGAGGAGAGCGCUCCGAUCACCUAA